GAUUUUCGAUCCUUAAAGCCAGUAAAGUGCUCAUYGGAUCGACUUUGAUCCGCUCGCUUCUGACAUAAAUAUCAAACGAACCGAGUUGUCCUCAUUCAAACUUUGAGUAUCUUUACACAUUGUGAUUUGUUUUURUUUAAAAWUUUUCACUAUGCCAGCUAAAGCUAUCAAGAAAGACAUGAAGGCAGCUAAGGCGGGAAAGAAAGAGGCGACCAAAGGCAGGAAGAACAGAAGAAGAAAAGAAAGCUACAGUAUUUACAUCUACAAAGUCAUGAAACAAGUUCAUCCCGACACUGGUAUCUCAAGUAAAGCCAUGUCCAUCAUGAACAGCUUUGUCAACGACGUYUUUGAGCGUAUUGCUUCUGAGUCUUCCCGUCUUGCUCACUACAACAAGAGGUCAACCAUUUCUUCCCGAGAAGUUCAAACUGCCGUCCGUUUGCUCCUUCCUGGAGAGUUGGCRAAGCACGCUGUCAGCGAGGGUACCAAAGCAGUGACCAAAUAUACAAGCAGCAAAUAAAAACCAACUACGAAAACAUUAAACGGCUCUAUUCAGAGCCACCCACAUGUAAAAAAGUGAACGAAAAAAAGCUUCUUUACUGUAAAAUGUAGUAUUAUUUUGUAAUGAAUAAUAAAGUUCAUUUGAUAA